AUGAUUCCUAUGAUUCCGUAUAUAUUCUGUCGGAUCCUCAGGGAUACUAUGGAAGAUUUUGUCGUUUUCCACAUCGAUGUGAAUUAUGACAACAGUUUAUCAAAGAGUCCUCAACUUCAGUAUCAAAAGCAAAGCAAAAUCAUUGACAAUGAUUCAGAUUCACUGCCCAUACCAUGGAUUGCGGCCAUUAUUAUCAAUGCAAUUCUUGUCUUCCUAUUCAUUGCGUUUGUUAUAUACUGUUACUGGAAAAACAAAAAAAGGCGACAACGGAUUCGCAAUCCUGACAAAGAGUCCCUGUUUUCGGGAAAAUCAUCCAAACAUAGUGUACAAGAAGUCCAAAAGGAUGUGAUGGACAACAAGAACGAGACGACGAAAGAAAAUAUUUUUAAUAUAGAGAGUGAACACAAAAGACUUACCGAAAGUGAUAAUAACGACGAGACGGUCGACAAUUCUGGCGACAAAACUCGAAAGACUUCCAUAAAGUCCCCGAUGACUAAAGUACAAAGUGUUACCCGACUGUCGGGUGGUGCCCGGGGUAGUGUACAUGACAUCAACCCAACAGGCAAUCAUUAUAACCCAACCGAUAGUCCAUCGGUCUCUAAAUUUACAGAUCAAUUGAAUGAUUCGGUACCAAAUCAACCGCAAUAUAAAGCCAAACAUGAAGACCAGGUUGAGAACCACAUGUUGGAGACUCUGACCGAAAUCGAUGACGAUAAUUAUGUAGAGAAUAGCGAUUCCGACUAUAAAUCAAGUGACCAACAGAUUGAGUCAAAACAUGAACAAAAAGUUAACAGUCCUUCAAAGUCACGAAAAUCAAGUCCUACACAACAAAUGCCUUCUACUGCCAUAUCCACCGCAUCUAAUAUAAUGACAAAAGCGAAAGGAUUUGGACAUUCAUCGCCACAAAAGAGUGUAUCGCCCGACCGAGUGGUCAGAAGUCCCGGGUCUUCGCAUUCAUCACAUUCAGCGGCAGUUCAGACGUCACCGAACAACAGUUGGGCUAACAUUCCCGGCGCUGUUAUCGAUGAAAAUGAUAACUAUUUUGACGAAAGAGGUGUUAAUCUUAGAGUAGACUCCGAGAGAAAGUAUUUUCUGUAUAUAAUCAAAGACGUGAAUCCGUUCACCAAAAAGGAGUGCAUCGGAAGGAUAACACUUCCGGCGAGAGGGCGGAUGACUUUGGAGCAGUUGAGGAACUAUUUGCUUCAAUCCAAUGAUGAGACCAUCAGAAACUGUGCAAAACGUAAAUUCAAAUUCCUGUCCGAAUCGUAUCGAUUGGUUGUGAUGAACGAGUCGUUUACACCCGUCGAUCAGGUCUACCAAACUCAGGGAAUAUUCAUUAAGUUUAACGCCGGAACUGAUUCCGUUCCCUUCGGCUACCGAAGCAAAAAUAAGAUCAGAGCCGCCAAUGCCCUCAAAGGCAACGAUAAUUAUGAAUCAAAUCGAUUGCAAAUAAAUACUGUUUCGCAUAAUACACGGACAAUGUCGCAAAAAACUGAUAGUGUUUACGGCUCAACCUCCAGAAGUAUUCCUCGAAAGACUAGUAUUUACGGGUCUUAUGGAUCUACUUAUGGAAGUACUCCAAGAAAUAAUCCAAAGCCGAGUAGUAUAUACGGAUCCACAUCUAAAACUAGUGAUAAAACAAGAUAUGGUUUCGAUAGGAAUACAAACCAAAGGGACGAAAGAAGUUAUGCAAUGGAUAGGACUCCGAGGAGACGGGAUGAUAGAGUUUAUAGAAUAUAUGACAACUUCUCCUCUAUCUUUGACAACCACCCCAAUGGUGUCCCCACUAGUGUCCCCCCGAAGUCGGAUCAGACUUUGCCGCAAAAUACAACUCCAAUCGCAGCGGCGAGCCUUGACUCCCUGUGCGAUAACCCGGGAUGUUAUAACAAACCUUUGCUCAAAUGCUACAUCUGUUCAAAAGUUUUCGCAUCGAUUUGUUACGACGGGUAUUACGCCGACUGCUAUACAUUUGGGACUUUGGUCUGCGCCGACCUAAUGUCCCGAAUGUAUAGCAGUCGCCGCCGCCAAGCGAUUCGCUCUUAA